ACCGCCGGCCGGCUGAGCCAGCGGCCCGCGCCCUCGUCCCCGACCCCGCGGCGGGCUCCGGGCGCCCGGCAGCAUGAGCGGCGGCGGCGGCGGCGACGUGGUGUGCACCGGCUGGCUGAGGAAAUCGCCCCCCGAGAAGAAGUUGAGGCGCUAUGCCUGGAAGAAACGCUGGUUUAUCCUGCGGAGCGGCCGGAUGAGUGGUGACCCCGACGUCCUGGAAUACUACAAGAAUGAUCACUCCAAGAAGCCCCUGCGCAUCAUCAACCUGAACUUCUGCGAGCAGGUGGAUGCAGGCCUGACCUUCAACAAGAAGGAGCUGCAGGACAGUUUCGUGUUCGACAUCAAGACCAGCGAGCGCACCUUCUACCUGGUGGCCGAGACGGAGGAGGACAUGAAUAAGUGGGUCCAGAGCAUCUGCCAGAUCUGCGGCUUCAACCAGGCAGAAGAGAGCACAGACUCCCUGCGGAACAUCUCCUCGGCCCCGCACGCGCCGCGCUCCUCUCCGGCGGAGCUCAGCAGCUCCAGCCAGCACCUUCUGCGAGAACGGAAAGCCUCGGCCCCGUCGCACUCCAGCCAGCCGACCCUGUUCACCUUCGAGCCUGCGCUGUCCAACCACGUGCAGCCCGCCCUGUCGGCCAGCGCGCCCCAGGAGUACCUGUACCUGCACCAGUGCAUCAGCCGGAGGGCGGAGAGCACACGGAGUGCCAGCUUCUCUCAGGGCACCAGGGCCUCGUUCCUCAUGAGGAGCGACACAGCCGUGCAGAAACUUGCCCAGGGCAACGGGCACUGUGUCAACGGGGUUGGCGGUCAAGUCCACGGCUUCUACAGCCUCCCGAAGCCAACCCGGCACAACACAGAGUUCAGAGACAGUGCCUACGACCUCCCCCGGAGCCUGGCUGCCCACGGCCACACCAAGGGCAGCCUCACCGGCUCCGAAACAGAUAACGAGGACGUGUAUACCUUCAAGACGCCCAGCAGCACCCUGUGCCGGGAGUUUGGGGACCUCCUGGUGGACAACGUGGACGUUCCGGCCACCCCGCUCUCGGCCUACCAGAUCCCUAGGACGUUCACGCUGGACAAGAACCACAACGCCAUGGCAGUGGCCACGCCUGGGGACUCGGCCAUAGCUCCCCCGCCCCGGCCCCCCAAGCCAAGUCAGGCAGACACACCUCGGUGGGGCAGCCCUCAGCAGAGACCUCCCGCCGGGGAAGGCAGCAGAUCGGUCUCUGCCGCCGCCACCAUCCCCAGGCGUAACACCCUCCCAGCCAUGGACAACAGCCGGCUUCACCGAGCUUCCUCCUGCGAGUCCUACGACUACCCGCAGCGUGGUGGAGACAGUGCCGGCCGGUCUGCCGAGUCCAUGAGCGAUGCAGUCAGCGCUUUCCUGCCAGCGAAAGCAGUCGUGGGACGAUCAGACAGCACCAAUUCCGAGGACAACUACGUGCCCAUGAACCCAGGCUCCUCCACCCUGCUGGCUUUGGAGCGAGCUGGUGAUAACUCCCAGAGUGUCUACAUCCCCAUGAGCCCGGGGCCACACCACUUUGACCCACUCGGCUACCCCUCCUCAGCCCUCUCUCUGCACCGAGGCUCCAGCAGAGGGAGUGAGAUCCAGCCACCCCCUGUCAACCGAAACCUCAAACCUGACCGGAAGGCAAAGCCAACACCACUUGACCUGAGAAACAACACCGUCAUCGACGAGCUCCCCUUCAAGUCCCCCGUCACCAGGUCUUGGUCCAGGGCCAUCCACUCCUUCAGCCCCAGCUCCGCCCAGUACUGCCGCCCCAUCUCCACACAGAGCAUCACCAGCACCGACUCUGGAGACAGUGAAGAGAACUACGUCCCUAUGCAAAACCCCGUGUCUGCAUCUCCCGUUCCCAGCGGCACCAACAGCCCAGCGCCUAAGAAGAGCACUGGCAGUGUGGAUUAUCUGGCCCUGGACUUCCAGCCGAGCUCCCCGAGCCCCCACCGCAAGCCAUCCACGUCAUCGGUCACUUCCGACGAGAAGGUGGACUACGUUCAGGUGGACAAGGAGAAGACCCAGGCCCUGCAGAACACCAUGCAGGAGUGGACAGACGUGCGGCAGUCCUCGGAGCCCUCCAAGGGCGCCAAGCUGUGACGCCCGCGCCAGGGAGGGGCCCGGAGGCCACUCUGCAGAGCCGGCCUGGCUGCUCGCCCUUCGCCUCUCCAGUGCGCCCUCCUGCCCACCUCCUCUCUCCUCUGCCACUCUGGCCUUCAAAGCACUUGGCAUCAGGGACCCUGACCCCUUCCCCCUGGGAGGCGAGGGCCUGAUCGAGGCACUUCCUCUGCCCUCUCCGGGUCCACCUUUGAUUUUUAUCAGCAAUGGCCAUCCUACCUUAGUUAGAGCUCUUGCCAAAAAGCAUCCUUAAGCGUCCGCCUGCCCUUCAGACCCGAAUAUCUACCGGACGUGUGGGGGCGGGGCCACGGCUCUGGGCGGAUUCCUCACCUCACCGUCCGGCCUCCAGCUACUGGGCUCCCCGCCUCGGUCCCAGAAGAGGCCACAUCGUCCCGCUGACCAGGCACCCAAGGAUCAGCAGGCCAGUGUGGACGCGGACCUCUUCGUCCCUGUCUUCCUUGGCAGAGGCGGGGCGAGGCCACCUAAAGGCGGAGGAGCCGCGGAGGAAGGUCAGAGGCCGUCUUGAGGGACAGAGGAGUUGGAGCCCGAGACAUGGAAGGGCAGUGGAGCCCCGCAGGGGUUUCGGGGCAGCCCCCCACUCUCAGGAGUGGGCGAUGUGGAAGGAGGGAGAGGCUGGGGACGGCCGGCCACCUAGAACACGGAGAGGGGCUCAGAGCCCAGGAGAUGGGGAGACAGACGCUGUGGGGCCGGGCCCCUGGGGCCGUGAAGCAUCAGGCCGGCUCUGCCUUCCGGGACAGACCGCCGGCGCUGCUCUGGACAAGGCUUGCACCGUGCUGGGCGACGGGGUGGGGGCGGGGGCGCCGGCAUGGCGAGGAGGGCCGGUGGAGCUGCGGGGGGGUGACGCGGGGUGCAGGGUGGGCGUGCGGGGGUGGGAGUACCGAGGGGCCACCCUGGGACAGCCUGGGCGGAGGCACCUGGGGGUGCCUGGGACUGGCAUGGAGACGGCGCAGCAAAUGAGCUUCUGUAAGACUGGGGGCGCAGCAGGGGCGGCUGAGAGUUGGGGUGGGGGCUGUGGGGGCUCUGGGAGGUCCACCCAGCGCACCUGCUGGAGAGAGAGCCCCCGGCAGUACCGCGGAGACGCAGGCUGAGCAGAGAGGGAGCAGUGACGUCGCUGUCGGGGAGCAGCUGGCCUGGUGGCAGGCGAGGGCAGCUGCCAGGACUGACGGACGGCGGGCAGAACAGAGCCCCAAGGAUGUGGCAGGGUGGCCGGUGGCUUGUGCCCUCCGACUGAGGUUUGUGCAGGGCCCAGGAAAGGUUGGGGCCUGGCCAGGUGCACAGUCAGCUCAGGUCACCCCCCAUUGCUCUGUGGAGUCCCAGGUGCCCUGUAGGGCUCAGGCCUGGCUACAGGGACAGGAGACGGCAAGGCUGGAAAGGCCCCCAGGUCGGUGUCACCCUCUGCCAGGACAGAAGGGGGGCAUCACCCCAGGCUCCUUCUCCCAAGUCUGGGGAGGGAGACUCAUGUUAUAGUUCUUGGCCAAAGGUUUUAAGAGUUUCAGAGGCAACUGGGCAGACCAGAUGUUUCAUCCUACCCUGGGGAGAACAGGCCUUCUUCCUCCAAAAGAAAUGAGUUCUGACCCUGCCUAAGGGAGGUGGCUACUGCUCACCUUUCUGCUCCUGUGAGCGUGUGUACACACACACUCACGCCCUCGGCAGCCUGAGGCCUGACUGUACUCCGUCCUGGGAGAGAUGGUCUCAACAGGUGAGAACUCCUCCUAGUACUAGUCACAUCAACUCAGUUAAGUGAUGGCAGCGGCUGCUGUGGCCAGGUCUGGACUGCACACUGAGGACACAGGAGUUAAUCAGACUGUGUGUUUGAGAAGGUCACGCUCGAUGAGAAGAAAAAGACAAGGACACGUUGGUGAUGGUCAUGAGAGACUCAAAGCUGGGGAUGUGCGGAGAAGUCAAGGCCGCUUCUCCGGGAGGCUGGUGUGUGGGCAGGAGUGGGGAGGAGUGCAGAUCAGGGAAUGUGGUUUCUAGGAAAAGCGGGUGCCUGACUUGGCCGGAGGGGAGGAAGGGUCAGAUUUUUAGAGGAAGGAGGGUGGGUCUGGGCACCAGUGGAGGAAGAUGGAGAGACUUGUGCUUUGGGAACAAGAGACCUUUGGGAGUAUGGGCCCAGGCCAGACCCUCAGCAGCAGCAAGGCCUUGGUGUUCACACAGCUGAAGUGGUGAUGGUGGCAGUGGCCUACCCUGGGCAGGGUUUGGUAGGUCACUGCCCAGCCCUGUGUCCCUUUAGGGCUCUCUGCAGACAGUCUCAUACGGCAGGGCUUUGAAUGGUACCCCCCACCCCCACCCCAGAGGCUACAGGUGGGCCCAGGUAGGGAUGCAUCAGUUCCCGGUAUCACUCCCUAUUGAUCAUCAGGUGCCCUAGUGAUGUCAGUGCUUUCCGAAUGUGCCAUAAGGAGAGUGAGACUGAUUGGAGUCCCGAGAGAUGGAGGCGUUCAAAUCUAACCUCCAGGGAGGCCUCCCUCCAGCUCUUGUUUCCUCCAACCCCCAAACCCUUAGGGUGGAAGUGGGAGCAGAGACCAGAGGAAGUACAAGAGGAGCAGAGACUGCUGAAGGCAGAGACGUGGGGCUCAAAAGCCCCAGGUACCAGGUAUCUGACAUUCCCGUCGGUGGCUCAGAGUUCGCCUCGGAGUGCGGUGGCCUGGCGCGGACGGAGACCCAAGGAAGCCCUGCAUCAGCCAGCAGAGCCCCCUCCUGCCUGGGGCUCCCAGGAGCAGCAGCUGUCCCUUCCCGGUCCAGCUCCCCCGCUCUGCGGGGUCAAAGGCAGGGAGGAGUGCCUGCAGGGAGCUGUGUCUCUUCCCUACCUCGGUGGGGUCAGCUGGGCCCUGAGGCCUCUUCUGUGGCUGCUCCCUGCUCUGUGACCUGUCUCAAGGGCCAGUUAACCCAGUGCCCUCUCUAGACCUGAUUGCAGUAACUUUUACAUUCGAAACUGUUCAACUGCAUCCCAUCCCUAGGACAGAAGCACAACGGUUCUCAGCCUGCCCCGGGGCUAAGGCCCCCAGCUGUGGCCACCCCACCCUGCCCUGCCCACGGCCUUCUAACGGAGCUCCAGAAGCUGGAAGCAGGGCGCAGGGCAGGAGGGAAGUCGGUGUGUCCUUCCUCUCUCCAUCCAUCCGUCCUUCUGCGCACAGCGAGAGUCAGAGGCUGCGCACAGGAGCGCUCAAGCUGCCGCCUUCCGAAACUCAGAGCUCUUCGGGGGGCCAGUGGGCCGCCUGCUGCGGGGCUGGCGUGUAUUUGGUGGUGUGUGUUCUUACGUGUUUGUUGGUUACACGUGUCUUGAAAUGUAGAAUCAUUUUCAUGGAAUCAUUGCUUUAUCAAGAAGAGAAAAUGGGCUAGAAGAAGCCCGCUCUUAGGUUUCUGGCCCUGUUACCAUUUAAAAUUGACAUUUAAUUUUUCAAAUUGCUGUUGGUGCCUAAUCACUUAAGUUAUUAAUUUAUUGUUUUCUUUUAAAAAAAUUGUAACAUGUAUUUAUCCUGUGAGUAGGUCUGGGGUGGGAUGGGAAUGCGUUCACAGGCGUCCUGUUUUUGCGGUCGGGACACAUGGUACAGGCCUGGAGCUUACAGGGCCCUUGUUACUGGAGUGGCGGAGCUAGAUGACAAUAAAGUCCGUGAGAAGCAA